AUGGUUUGCAUAAUUUACGAUUGUCAAAAUGAAUCCUUCGACGAUGACGAACUUUGUAACGCGCACUUAACUUUAUGGAAAUUAAAUCCGGCAAACCUUCAAGCGUCUAUCAAAAUCAAAUCAAGGAAUAAUUAUACGAAUCUUAUAUGUUUACCAAAAAGUUGUCAAGAAUUUUUAAAAAUUCAAAAUAAAUUUUUAAGUGACUGGGUCAAAAAAAAUGCAACUGACGUAAGAGUGGAGGCGAUUUACAAUAUUUACCUAUCACCCAAUAUCUAUCAAAAAUACAAAUCUUAUCGUGAUUCCAUUGAAAGUAAUCAUAGUUUCUCGAGUAAAGGAUUGUCACCUGGAAACGAAAAACUUUUGUAUCAUGGUACUGAUCAUGAUUGUUGUACAAUGUUUAACGACAAUACAACAAGUUUGCUUUGUAAAAUGGACGAAUGCGCUGGCUGUGGCAUUUUAAUCAAUUCGUUUGAUAUUAAAAGAGUUGGGUUGAAUAAACAAGGAAGAACGCCUCAAAGAUUGGGCCAAGGAAUCUAUUUUACACCCUAUUCAUCCAAAGCACAUUUCUAUGGUCACCGUUGUGCAAGGCCUUUGCCGAAUGAUCAAAAAAGAAAAACUAGAAUUAUGUUCUUAUCUAAGGUAGUAAUUGGGAACACAUGGCAACCCGAUAAAGUAUCGCACGAUUUAACAAAACCACCAAGUGGCUAUAAUUCAACUUGGGGAAGGCAGGGUUACUGUCCUUUAAAUAAUUCAUUGUCUCCAUUAGUGUUUGAAGAAUAUGCAGUAUAUUGGUUAAUAUAUUCUUAUUUAACAACCACUGAGUAA